UGUAUCAACCAAAUAUUGUACAUCAUAGCAAAAAGUUUGACUGUCUCGACUGCACUUGAUAAAUAAACUGUAAACAAAAAAGAUUUUCCAAAUUAAAGUGCGAUGAUACAACAAUAAUGUGUUGAUUUACUGUAAAUAAAAUCUGAUUGUCGGUUUGGAGCCAAGGAAUAAAUCAAACAAAAACAUUAUGCCUCACCCAUCUUCAUUUACAAAAAACAUUUUAGUGGAGCAGUUGCAAUUAGCGAAGGCAGAAAAGCGCAUUCAGAGUUUGAUUGACACGAUAAACGCGCAACUCAAUGAAUUACUGGUGGAAGAACUACAACUGAAAUCCAAUCAAUUGUCAACGGAGUAUAUUAUAUCUGAUGUCAUAACUGAGACGGAUAGGAAGCCUACAAAUGCUGAAAUCAUUGCCACAUACGAUUCUCAAUUGGUCAAUCAACAGGUUCUGGAUGCGUCGACACUAAUGUGCGCCAAAAAUCAAAUAGAAGAGGAUGAUGAUGAAUAAAUGGUAAAUGUUUCGACACA